GAACAUGUGAGCAGGGAAUGGGCGACUGGAAGCAGGAUUAUUGUUCUACACGGCAGAGAGACGCAGGAGGGGCCCGGGACAGGAGAGACACGGGGACGCUGUGACAAAUCAGAGGAGAAACUUUUUUUCUUGUUGUACCUUUUUCAUUUUUUAAUCGGGAGGAAUAUCUGGCACCAAGAUGAACACCAUCGUGUUUAACAAACUGAGCAGCCAGGUCCUGUUUGAGGAGAAGGCGAAAGAGGUGGAAAUGAGCAGCAGAAAUUAUCUAGAAGUCAUCGACGGGCAACAUCCAGACCUCCUGUCCAGCAACCAGACCAUGAGGGACAACCAGGCCAUCAGGCACAGGCGGAGCGGGGGUCGUCCCAGCGGCGGUAAAGUGCGACACAAGCGUCAGGCCCUGCAGGACAUGGCGCGGCCGCUCAAGCAGUGGCUCUACAAGCACCGAGACAACCCCUACCCCACCAAGACCGAGAAGAUCCUGCUGGCCCUCGGCUCGCAAAUGACCCUCGUCCAGGUCUCCAACUGGUUUGCCAAUGCCAGGAGGCGACUGAAGAACACGGUGAGGCAGCCGGACCUGAGCUGGGCGCUCAGGAUCAAGCUCUACAACAAGUAUGUCCAGGGCAACGCAGAGAGGCUGAGCGUCAGCAGCGAGGACAGCUGCUCAGACGACGGAGACAACCCUCAGAGGUCACAGAGCGGCCCUGAGGAGCUCAACAAGCCCAUGUACCAGAGCGUGAUCAAGAAGGAGGGCUCCUCCAUGGUGGGCAUGGGCAUGGCCAUGGGCAUGGGCAUGACCAUGGGUAUGGGUAUGGGUAUGGGUAUGGGAGCGGGGCUGCGCUCGGCCGCCUCGCUGGCCGAGGACUACGUGUCUCCGCCCAAGUACAAGAGCAGCCUGCUGCACCGCUACCUGAACGACUCCCUGCGCCACGUCAUGGUGGCCAACGCUGUCAUGGAUGCCCGCAAGAGGAACCACUCCGGCUCCUUCAGCUCCAACGAGUACGACGACGAGCUGCUCUCGCCGUCCUCCUCCGAGGCUGAGGCGAACUUUGUUUAUCGGGCUGAAACCACACACCAUGGAUCAAGUAAAUCUGCGCAAAAGGAGAGAGUGAAGGGCAAAGACGAGACGUACUGGAGAGAGAUCAACGCCGCCAUGGCCUUGACCAAUUUGGCGCAGGGGAAGGACAGCGCCUCCGGGACCACCAGCUGCAUCAUCCAGAAGUCCUCCCAUAUAGCAGAGAUCAAGACUGUUAAAGUGCCGCUGAUGCAGAAAUAUUAGCCCAUCCUCCCAUCUCUCUAUGCAAAAAACAGCAAACAUUCCUGUUUCAGCGAACUCGCCGGAGUCCACAUAAACUCCCAAAGAAGUGAAAAAGAGAACUGUUGUGUAGGGAGGGGG